AUGAGUGUUGACAAGGAAACCAAGUAUGACAGACAAUUAAGACUAUGGGCUUCUACAGGUCAACUGAAUUUGGAAAAUAGUUCUAUAUGUCUCAUCAAUGCCACGGCAACAGGAUGUGAAAUCCUAAAGAACCUCAUAUUACCUGGAGUGGGCAAGUUUACAAUCAUUGAUGAUUCCAAAGUCACGAAUGAACAAUUGUCGAGUAAUUUCUUUUUAAAAACUAGUGACCUAGGUAAAAAUGUGGCUGAUUGUGUUUUGCUGAAUCUCGCCGAAUUGAAUACUGAAGCUGUUGGAUUCGCAAUUGUCCAAUCUGUUGAACAAGUGUUACUAUCCGAUAAACAGGGAAAAUUCUGGGAUCACUUCAACUGUGUUAUAGUAAGUGAUUAUAUUCCCCAGCUCGAUAAACUAAUCGACUUGCUCUGGGAAAAACAAAUCCCCUUAUUGAUUGUUAAUACAAUUGGCUUUUACGGUUCCUUGAACUUGCUAGCAAAUGAAACAACAGUCAUUGAAACUCACGACCCUUCAAAGUUGUACGAUUUAAGAAUAGAUAAACCCUGGCCCAAAUUGCAAGAGUAUGCAGACUCGUUUGACUUGGAGAAAUUGGACGAUCAAGAACACGCACACGUCCCGUAUAUUGUCAUCUUUAUAAAAGCACUAAAUCACUGGAAACUGCAACAUAACAAUUCUUUGCCAGCAACCUAUGGUGAAAAAAAACAGUUUAAAACUUAUAUCGAGUCUUUAUCAAGAAAUAUCAACUUGGAAACAAACUUUGUCGAAGCUGUGCAGUCGUGUCAUCGAGCUUUCCAAAAAACACAAGUUCCUGAUAGUAUCAAGAAUUUGAUUGAAUUGAGCAAUGAGAAGAAAUAUUCCAAAAUAGAUAGUUCAUCACUGUUUUGGGUUUAUAUCGCAGCAUUGAAGCAGUAUUUGGCCAAAAAUGAUAAUGUACUACCAUUACCUGGAACAUUACCAGACAUGGCCUCCAAUACCGUGAAUUACACAUUGUUAAGCAAGAUAUAUCGAGAUAAAGCUCGUCAAGAUCAGUUACUAUUUGCAAAAGAGGUUUACAAAAUUCUCGAGCUGCAAGGGAAACCAAAAGAUAUAGUCACUGAAGAUGCAAUUGCUUCUUUCUGCAAAAAUGCCCAACUACUAUUUGUCACUAUUGGGUCUAAGAAUUUGUACUCUUUAAAACUUGUUGAACAAUUCCACAAUGAAUCAAACCACCUGUUAGCCAUAUACUUGGGAAUACUAACAUUUAAUGCAUAUAUCUCACAUUAUCAAACGCCGCCAACAAUCGAAAACUUGGACAAAUUCAUCCAACUCUUUAAUAAAGAAAUCAAUACUAUAAUCAAACCAAUUGCAGAAUCAACAAAAAAAGUGUUUACGGAAAUGUUAACUCACAACUCGAGAAAUUAUCAUAAUCUAAGCAGUUUUAUGGGUGGAGUUGCAAGCCAAGAGAUUUUGAAAUUAACAACUGCUCAGUAUAUUCCAUUGGAUAAUCUCUUUGUUUUCGAUGGAAUAAACUCAAGCAGUGAAAGGUUUAAAAUAUAG